AUGGACGAAAGAUACACAAAAGUAAUAAGCAACCAAAAUGGGCAUAUCUACGAUGUCACCGGUCAAUGGUGGUACCCUUUGAAUGAUCAUUACAUAAUUGAGCUGAAAGAAGAACUUAAAACUGGCAACUACACCCUACUAUUACGCUGGAAUAAUGACUUUUCAGAAAAUAAGAAGAUUUUUCGAAACAAAAACAAAAAUUAUUUUUUUAUCGGAACUAAAAAUUUGAGAUUGUCAACUGCUCGUAAUUUAUUUCCGUGUUGGGACGAACCGAUUUUUCGAGCUAAUUUUGAAAUAUCGAUAGAGCAUCCAAAAAAUUUUACUGCAUUGUCAAACAUGCCGAUUGAAAGGAAUUUUACUACUCCCAAGGAUAACUAUCUGACUUACUUUCAAAAAACUCCUUUACUGUCACCUCAUUCCAUAAGUUUUGCGAUAACAAAUUAUCCUGUAAUUGCAGCUAAAUUGAAGACCUUAUCAAUGUAUUCUAUCAAACAAGAUCAAGUCUCGUUCCUAAGUUACGCAAUCAAUUUGAAUUCAAUUCUACGCGCUUUGUUAGAUUACAUGGGAAUUUCUUAUCCACUACCGAAAAUAGAUUCUGUUAUCAUUUCGGGAAACGAAGAUGGAUGUAUUAGCAAUCCAGGUCUUAUUUUUUACAGAUCAUAUGAAUAUUUAACAACAUCGAAAUCUCCGCUUGUUAUUUACCGAAACCAAGAAUUUGGAGACUUAAAAGCCAUAACAGCCAUUACUCUUCAAUGGUUUACAGAUUUAGUUACGCCAAAUGAUUCUAAUUAUUUCUGGUUGUAUAAUGGGAUUGGUCAUAAUCUUGCUGCUAAGAUACAUGAUCAAAUCCAUCCAAAAUUACGUAGAAGGGAAAUGCAAACUUUAGAACUUUACAACUAUCUCCUCGAUCCAGAAUUCAAAAAACCGUCAUCAAUAUCGCUGUUAUCUAUUGGGAACCAAACAUAUGUUAGCGAAAAUGUGAAACAAUAUGUGAGAGGCGCUUCAAUAAUUCAAAUGUUGGAAUAUGUAGUUUUUAAACCAGAAUUUUAUCAAAAUGGCUUACUGAGGCAAUACCUCAGCAAAAAUUUGUUUAAAACGACAACUUUGGAAGAUUUAUGGACAAGUUUAGAAAAUGCGCGCAAGAAUAAUUCCAGGAUGUCUUUAAUUAAAUGUAAAAGCAACGGUGAAUUGUUGAAUCAAGCAAUCUGGCUAUCCUAUUAUUAA